GCAAAGAUGGCAGGACACCACGACCCCAAGCUGCUAUACACGAUCGCCAAUGUCAAGGCAUACCACAUCCAGGGUGGAGAAGAGCAGGACUUGACCCCGUCUGGCCCUCAAACGCUGUCUCUGUUGAUGGUGCCCACCUCGUCGCCCUUCUCAGACCUGUCGUCGACCAUCCCGCAGAAUGAAAUGCCCGAGAACGACUUCUACCUACACCUCAACCUGCCCCCAGAGCUAGACUUGCCCAUGCCAGCCACCACUCAAGUCUACCAUCAGCCUCCACAUUCAUACCUGAUCCCUCGCUGGGAUCUAGGCGCUGACAGCGGCAUCUUCACUCGCAUCACCUUUGACAAGAACAUCUCACCCGAGGACCACGAUACAUUCGAGACCAUUCUGGCACAAUGCACUGCUUUCCUUGAGCGUGCUGCUCCACCCAAGCCCUCCCGUCCUCUGGAACAAUAUGACCCAAGAGAUUAUGCUCCUGGCGGCAGAUACCACGACGCCAAGGGCACUGGACACGGUCAAGUCGUCCUUGUCGACGAAGAUAAUGGCAGCAUCAUUGGCGAAUUGGCUGGUGAUGCACACAUCGUCGAAGACUCGACCCUCAACCAAGGAACCAAGAUCGAGAUCGAAAUCUCUGCUGAUGGAAAACGUAUCAGCGUCAUGCCAAUCAGCGAAGAGUACCUACAGAUGGCCCGUCAUCCUGCUUACAAAGAUAGCGGCAUGGUCCAGCAUGCUGCAACCGCCUCUCGCUUCAUCGUCACCUCUAGCAGCCGUCUUGGUAACAUCUUGACUGCCGGUGCCGAGAACUUCACCCAGAAGACCAAGCCUACCGCUAAGCCCAUGGAAUUCAGCCCUGCUGCUCACGAACGUGUCCGCAAGAUCAACGCUUUUACCAAUAGUGCCGCUGGCUUGUCUGCAAAGACCGUUGGUCAGGCGAGCAAGUACGCUCAGAACCUAGGUGCCAGAUUCGGCGGCAAGAAUGAAGACCGCUACAAGAAGGGCUUCGACGCCAAUGGCAAGCCUCUCUCUCAGGACCAGUACAAGCCAGGUCUUCUCAACAGAAGCAUGAUCGCCUUCUCCACUAUCGCUGAUGGUUUAGCCACCAGUGGUAAACACCUACUUGAACAAAGUGGCUCUGCUGCAACAACCGUUGUUGGUCACCGCUACGGCGCAGAAGCCGGAUCUAUUACUUCCAGUCUCGCCGGUGGUGUCAAGAACGUCGGUCUUGUCUACAUUGACGUAACGGGUGUCUCUCGUCGUGCAGUCCUCAAGUCAGUCGCCAAGGGAAUGGUCGUGGGCAAAGUGCGCAACGGCGGACAAGUCAUUGUUGGAGGUGGAGACGGCGGUGUUGUCGAAGAUGAAGACAUGAGAAAGGCUGGUCUCAAGAGUGAUGGACAGCCUGCUCAAGGCCCUGGCUAUGGCAACAUCGGCAGCGUCGAAGGUUACGGCAUGCAGAGCGGCCCACCUGCAUAUGAAAGUGGUGUUGGCGAGUCUCUUGCCGGCCAACCCGCACCGCAACGCGACGUCAAGGGUAAAUACGCAUGA